AACUAGGGUUUUCUUUCAGUCGUCGGAGUCUCUAUAAAGCGGCUCUCUGCUCAUCCGUUUCUCUUCAAAUCAGAUCUCAUCGGUGUAGCGCCAAUCAAAUCUUUGUUUUGGUUUUACUGGGAGAUAGUACUGAAAACUUCCAUAGUUGAAAAUGAGUCGGCCAAUGGAAGAAGAAACGACAAAGAAUGAGGAAGAGGAAUUUAACACAGGACCACUGUCCGUUCUGAUGAUGAGUGUUAAAAAUAACACUCAGGUUCUCAUCAACUGUCGUAACAAUAAAAAGCUUCUAGGCCGAGUGAGAGCCUUUGAUCGGCACUGCAACAUGGUUUUGGAAAAUGUCAGGGAGAUGUGGACUGAGGUACCAAAGACUGGGAAAGGCAAGAAAAAGGCACUUCCAGUUAACAAGGACAGAUUCAUCAGUAAGAUGUUCCUUAGGGGAGAUUCUGUUAUAAUUGUUCUUAGAAAUCCCAAGUAAUGUUUAGUACAUUCGGUGGUGUCAAUUAUGAAAACUUCCUUGAGAGUAUGGACUCUGCACUUGCAGUGGAUUGCCCUCUCGUCCCUACUCCAUUUACCUUCAUCACUGUCUCUGGUACUGAAGUUAGUGUAGCAAGUAUUGUAUUGGUUGUAAAUUACUAAUUCUAGUAACUUGACAGAAGUGUUUUUUGAGUGACUUUUGCAUGUUAUGUGUUUCCUGAAUCAGUACCGGUUAUUUAGAGAUGUGAAAUGAACAGCAGGAGAGGAUGUAUGAAAUGGUUA